UUCAGUUUUUGAACGUCCCCAUGUUCCGCAAUGUGACGCUGAAGUGCCUGACGGAGAUUGCUGGUGUAAGUGUUAGCCAGUACGAGGAGCAGUUUGUCAGCCUCUUCACCCUGACAAUGUGUCAGCUAAAACAGAUGCUCCCUCUGAAUACCAACAUUCGUCUGGCCUACGCUAAUGGGAAAGACGAUGAGCAAAACUUCAUCCAGAAUCUCAGUUUGUUCCUCUGCACUUUUCUUAAGGAGCACGGGCAGCUCAUUGAGAAGCGACUCAACUUGAGAGAGACAUUAAUGGAGGGCCCUCCAUAUAUGCUGCUGGUGUCAGAGGUGGAAGAGACUGAGAUUAAAAUUUGUCUGGAUUACUGGAACCACCUGGCAGCUGAGCUAUACAGAGAAAGCCCCUUCCGACGUCCACCCUCCCCUCUCCUGUCUGGCAACCAGCACUUUGACGUACCACCGCGCAGACAGCUCUACCUGCCUGUACUCUCCAAGUUAAAAGUUCUGACAAGUAGGAUGGUGCAAGCCGAGGAGGUAUUGGUGGUGGAGAAUGACCAAGGGGAGGUUGUUAGAGAGUUCAUGAAAGAUACAGAUUUCAACCUCUACAAGAAUAUGAGAGAAACCCUUGUGUACCUGACUCAUCUGGACUACGCAGACACAGAACGCAUUAUGACAGAGAAGCUUCACAACCAGGUGAACGGUACGGAAUGGUCAUGGAAGAACCUCAAUACACUAUGUUGGGCUAUCGGCUCAAUCAGUGGGGCUAUGCACGAGGAGGAUGAGAAGAGGUUUCUGGUCACUGUUAUCAAGGAUCUGCUGGGUCUUUGUGAGCAGAAGAGGGGAAAGGACAACAAGGCCAUCAUAGCAUCCAACAUCAUGUACAUUGUUGGACAGUAUCCACGGUUUCUCAGAGCACACUGGAAGUUCCUCAAAACUGUGGUCAACAAACUCUUUGAGUUUAUGCAUGGUGAGAGAUCAAGUCAAACUCAUGAUGGUGUGCAGGACAUGGCUUGUGACACCUUUAUCAAAAUUGCCCAGAAGUGUCGACGCCAUUUUAUCCAGGUGCAGGUUGGAGAGGUGAUGCCAUUCAUUGAUGAGAUUCUCAACAACAUCAACACCAUCAUCUGUGAUCUCCAACCUCAACAGGUGCACACCUUCUACGAGGCAGUUGGUUAUAUGAUUGGAGCCCAGACAGACCAGGCUGUCCAAGAGCACCUGAUAGAGAAAUAUAUGCUGCUACCUAAUCAAGUAUGGGACAGCAUCAUCCAGCAGGCCACCAAGAAUGUGGACAUUUUGAAGGACCCAGAGACUGUGAAGCAGCUUGGCAGCAUCCUGAAGACCAAUGUCAGGGCCUGCAAGGCUGUAGGACACCCAUUUGUCAUCCAGCUAGGACGGAUUUACCUUGACAUGCUCAACGUCUACAAGUGCCUCAGUGAGAAUAUCUCUGCCGCCAUUCAGACAAAUGGUGAGAUGGUGACAAAACAGCCGUUGAUCCGGAGUAUGAGGACAGUAAAAAGAGAGACACUGAAACUGAUCUCAGGCUGGGUCAGCCGAUCAAAUGAUCCACAGAUGGUUGGGGAGAACUUUGUUCCACCACUGCUGGACGCCGUCCUCAUUGACUAUCAGCGCAACGUCCCAGCUGCCCGUGAGCCUGAGGUCCUCAGUACUAUGGCAACCAUUGUCAACAAGCUGGGAGGGCACAUCACAAGCGAGAUUCCCCAGAUCUUUGAUGCUGUCUUUGAGUGCACCCUGAACAUGAUCAACAAGAACUUUGAAGAGUAUCCAGAACACAGAACUCACUUCUUCUACUUACUCCAAGCUGUUAAUUCCCACUGCUUCCCUGCAUUCCUGGCCAUCCCCCCUGCCCAGUUCAAACUGGUGCUGGACUCCAUCAUUUGGGCCUUCAAGCACACCAUGAGGAAUGUGGCUGACACAGGUCUACAGAUUCUGUACACAAUGCUGCAGAACGUGGCCCAGGAAGAAGCAGCUGCUCAGAGUUUCUACCAGACAUAUUUCUGUGAUAUCCUGCAGCACAUUUUUUCUGUCGUCACAGACACGUCUCACACUGCUGGUCUGACGAUGCACGCCUCCAUCCUGGCCUACAUGUUCAACCUGGUGGAAGAGGGAAAGAUCACCACAGCGCUGAACCCAGCCAGCCCUGCCAAUAACCAAGUCUUCAUCCAGGAGUACGUAGCCAACCUGCUGAAGACGGCCUUUCCUCACCUACAAGAUGCUCAGGUGAAGGUGUUUGUGACUGGGCUGUUCAGUUUAAAUCAGGACAUUCCUGCCUUCAAGGAACACCUUCGGGAUUUCCUCGUCCAGAUAAAGGAGUUUGCUGGUGAGGACACCACCGACCUGUUCCUGGAAGAGAGGGAGGCAUCGCUCCGCCAGGCCCAGGAGGAGAAACACAAGAUCCAGAUGUCUGUCCCUGGAAUCCUCAACCCCCACGAGAUCCCUGAGGAGAUGUGUGACUGAGGACCUGCUUAACCAAACUGUACAGUACCCCAAGCGAGACACAACAAACAAAUAAUCAAAACUACAGCAGACACAAUAAAACCAGAGUCAGGCACGUGAGUGUUGGGAGGCCUUCCAGCCUCUACAGUGGCAGAGCGGGCCUUUCCAUUUGAUGUUUGUUGACCAAAACAAUGCCAAUAACAUGUAAAUGAUUGCCGAAUCACUCUGUGGCCCUUUUUACUUAGCCUGCAUUUUUUAUGGAGACUUUUUUGUCUAAUAUCUAUCCAGAGCUGUUAAUCUGAACUUACAUUUUGUCAGUUUCUGGCCCAUCACAAGACCUGCAUGAUGAGGUUGUAACAAAUAGGACACGUUAUCCAUCCUGUUUUUGUUCCCUGUCCUCCUCCACUCUAAUCACCAUAUAUUUGUUUAUAUAUACAUAUGUUGAUUGGAUAGUCUGGGUGGAGUUCUUCUAUCAUGUCAGCAUAGAAGCUUCUGGACCUGUGACACAAAGUGGUGAGGUCUUCUGGAGGUGCACACGCCUCUUGUUUACCCCACAGCAUUGUGGGAGAAUGUGAAUCUAAAGGAUAAUGAAUGAAGGCUUGAGAUGCUGCUUCAUGAAUCAGCACCUGUUGCUCGAGUUAUGCUUAUCCUAAAAAAAAAAAAAAAUAAUAACUUGUUUGGCUGCUCUCUGGAGGUUUUUUUGUUUUGUUUUGUUUUUGUAGGGGAAGCAAAACUGAUUCUGUGCAUAUCAUCCCAAAUGUAUAGCAUCUUUAAUACCAUGGGAACAUUUUUUUUCGUUUUCUUUUUUUUUUUUUUCCUUUUAUUCUGUUGUUUGUUUUUGUUGUGGGUGUGUGCGCGUGUGUGCUGUCGCCGAGUCGACAUCAGCGUUUUGUUUUCCUCUAAGAGGAUUGUUGCUCAUUUGUGAGCCUUCAUUAUUAAUGGGAUGUUUUAAGGAAGUGGCAGAAGUAUUUAUGGGUUCUUGGUUGGUUGCAUCUUUAUAACAUCUCCUGUUUAACUCAGAUGGCUUUCAAAAAUUUUGAAUUGUUCUAAUUUAGAUAGUUUACCACACAGUAGUGCUUCAGAACACUACCUUUAGAGCAAAAUGAUAAUAAAACUGGGUUUACAUAUGAUUUUGGACUUUUGCAUUUUUCACUUGUACUUGUUUUAGUUCUGUCAAAAUAAACAAUUUUCAUUUGUUUUUUUUUUUUUUUGUUUGUUUGUUUGUUUUUUCCAGACAAAAUUUAAUGCCAUUGAGUUUAAUUAGCAAAGUAAUGUGUAAAUCCAAAUAAUGACCCAGUCUGUAAUGGCAAAUUUCCCUUCUCAAGGUGUUACAUUUGUUGUGAACUUUUUGAACUGAUUAAAGUUGAGAAUUUUAUA